UGCCUUUUCUAGGCCCGCUCCCAUGGCAUAUGGAGGUUCCCAGGCUAGGGGUCCAACAGAGCUGUAGCCGCUGGCCCACACCAGAGCCACAGCAAUGCAGGCUCCAAGCCGCAUCUGCAGCCUACACCACAGCUCAUGGCAACGCUGGAUCUUUAACCCACUGAGCAAGGCCAGGGAUUGAACCCACUAUCUCAUAGUUCCUAGUUGGAUUCGUUAACCACUGCGCCACGACGGGAACUCCUAGAUAUGUUGUUUUGUAUCAUUUUAAUGUGAUUCCACAUAUAGGUGAUCUCAUAUGAUAUCUCUUUUUAUCUGACUUAGCAUGGUCAUCUCUAGGUCCAUGAUUUUCUCAUUUCUUGAUAACAGCCAUCCUAAUAGGCAUAAUUUUAAAAGGUAUAAGUUAAUAUUACUAUGUAUUAUGAAUAAGUCACAAUAUUUUCUAACGUAUUGGUUUAGUUUUUAUUAAUGAGGAAAUGUGUAGUUUUUCACAGGUGUUAUUGACCACUUACUUGGUGUAAACCAUGAAAUGGGUGCUGUGGAGCAUGUGUGUCGUAGUCUGAGAGAAGCCAGCCUUGGUGACACACAUUCAUGUGCUUUCGGAAGAAAAUGUUAAAUUAGCAUAUAUGUGUUUGUAGUUCUUUUAUGCUAAGUGAUUGUGCCCUGAGGUUCGCUUACCUAUUAGCAUGCUUUUAUUUUGCUGAAAACUUUGAUAGUAUGAUUUUUAACUCAGAUCAAGAGCACAUUUGCUUCAUGUCUGGAAAUAGGUAGGAACAACGUUCACUGAAGGUUUAGGGAAUGUGCCUGCGUUGUCAAUUCCAAGUCUGCCCUGGGCAUUUCUUCCCACCACAGAGUCUUCAAAGAUGACAGCACAAACUCUCACCACCCAAUUAUAACUGCUUAGCUGAGCUAAUAAAAAAGAUGUGGUGUCAACUUAAUUGACCUAUUUUACUGGCCUGCAAGCUUGGAAUUUCAAAUUAGAAAAAGGCAAUUUUUAAAAGUCUGAUGCAGAGUUUCCCUGAAAUGACUAAAAAGCAACAACAGCAACAGCAAAACCAGUGAAUCUAAGAAGUACCCGUAGUAAAAGGGACCAAUCUACAGAUGUUCAUCUACCGCACAUACUGUCCAAAUGGCUUAUUCAGCUGAAAAACGAGAAUGAUAAAUAAAUCUUGCCCAGGUGUUCUUUGAUUUUCUUCCUUAUGGUCCCAUGCUAAAGCAUUGCUUAAUUUACCAGAAAUUGAAAAUGACAGUUCCUAUCUGAUGAAGAUGAUACUUAAAAAAAAUUCUCGUUAUUAAAUGAUGAUUGGGCUGGAAAGGAUUAUGUUGAAUAUACAUCUAUAGUCAUAUGUAUAUUUACAUUAUCUGCCAUGCAUGGAGUAUUGGUUCAAAACCUGCUGUAACCAGAAAAAUACAUUCCCAAGGCCAUCUGAGGGAAUCCUGUAGGAGGUCUUCUACUGUGUAAUAUGCAAUGAAUUUGAUUUCUCUUUCUCAAGUGGGCUGAGAGCAUUCAAAAAAUUCAGUAUAUGUAUUCGGUAUGGAGUGAUCUUUUUCCAAAUUUCGACUUGAAAGCUAAUUUCAUGUCACAUUCAGAUGCCCUGGCAUUUGAACGCUAUGAUUUAUAGCAUACAUUUUGGACGAAUGUUACAAACUCUGGUGAAACACCCUGAACAGCUCCUUGCUCAAGUGGAGGGGAAGGGAAACGUACUAAUUGUCCCCUCAUUAUGCCUGAAGGUAAAAACGGACUGUGGAGAGAGUUUGGUCCUGGAGGGUUUUUUUGGUCUCUGAGGAAGGAUGCCUGGAGCUGGUGCGCUGCUGCCUUCCAAAGCCUGGUGCGGCUUUUCAGUGCCUCACCUCAAUAGGGAGCUGAGCGGACAAAAGUGAACAAAGGAGGUCUGUUUUGCCUGCCCCACUUGCUGGGCUGUUGUCUUGGCCCUUUUCAGCAAAGGAGGGGUGGGGGGAGCUGGGUCAAAGUUGAAGAACACUGAAAAGGAAUUCAAGCUUCAUGUCGAAGUUUGAAUUAUAGCUGUGGUUUGAGUGCCGUGUCGAUUAGCUGGAAUUGAAAAUUUUGAAUCUGCGAAGCUUAAGUGACAGAUGGUGUUGGAACAGCAUACACAGAGCUGGAUGGUAUGCCCGGGAUGUGGCGGGCCCAAGCGAGGCACUCGGAAUCUUUGUGAUAUUCCACCUCUGUUUGCUGAAGACUUUGACCAAAGCUAUUCUCACCAGCUGGCAUCCUGAGAAAAGGACAGCUUCCAGAAUCAGGGAAACUUGCGGGAGACUCCUGGCCCAGUAGAUCUUCUGCUGAGCAAGCUGGGAAGAUUUGUGGCUUAAAGAAUCAAAAGCAAGGACAACUUCUGCAGAUAAGAAGGUCUUCUUCAAAGUUUUCUGCAUGAGAAUUAUUUAAGCGCUGCAUGCAAAUCUUUUGUGAAAGAAGAAAAGGAAACUCAGUCUGUGGGGCUCCGCGGGAGCUCAGCAAAUGCAGCUUAAAAUAAUGCCGAAAAAGAAGUGCUUAUCUGCAGGCAGAGCGCUCCUGAUUCUCAUCCUGUGCCAGAUGCUGAGUGCGCUGGAAGUCCCUCUUGAUCCAAAACUUCUCGAAGACUUGGUACAACCUCCAACUAUUACUCAACAGUCUCCAAAAGAUUACAUUAUUGACCCGAGGGAGAACAUUGUAAUCCAGUGUGAGGCCAAAGGAAAACCCCCUCCAAGCUUCUCCUGGACCCGAAAUGGGACUCAUUUUGACAUAGAUAAAGACCCUCUUGUCACCAUGAAGACUGGCUCUGGGACCCUCACAAUCAAUAUCAUGAGCGACGGGAAAGCAGAGACCUAUGAAGGAGUGUAUCAGUGCACAGCCAGGAACGAACGCGGGGCUGCAAUUUCCAAUAACAUCGUCAUCCGUUCAUCCAGGUCACCAUUAUGGACCAAAGAAAAACUCGAACCAAUGACACUUCGAAGUGGCCAGUCUUUGGUACUUCCCUGCAGACCUCCCAUGGGGUUACCACCGCCUAUCAUCUUCUGGAUGGAUAAUUCCUUUCAAAGACUUCCACAGAGUGAGAGAGUGUCCCAGGGUCUGAAUGGAGAUCUUUAUUUUUCCAACGUUCUCCCAGAGGAUGCCCGCGAAGACUACAUCUGUUACGCCAGAUUCAAUCACACUCAGACCAUACAGCAGAAGCAGCCUAUUUCUGUGAAAGUGACUUCGGUGGAUGAAUUGAAUGACACUAUAGCUGCUAAUUUGAGUGACACUGAGUUUUAUGGUGCUAAACCACAUAGAGAGAGGCCGCCAACAUUUUUAACUCCAGAAGGCAACGCAAGUCGUAAAGAGGAGUUAAGAGGCAAUGUCCUUUCACUCGAGUGCAUUGCAGAAGGGCUGCCAACCCCAAUCAUUUACUGGAUCAAAGAAGAUGGAACACUCCCCAUCAACCGAACAUUUUAUAGGAACUUUAAGAAAACUCUGCAGAUCAUUCAGGUUACAGAAGCAGACUCUGGAAAUUACCAGUGUAUAGCCAAAAAUACGCUAGGAGCCAUCCAUCAUACCAUUUCGGUCACCGUUAAAGCGGCUCCAUACUGGAUCAUAGCACCUCAGAAUCUUGUGCUGUCCCCUGGAGAGGACGGGACCCUGAUCUGCAGAGCUAAUGGCAACCCCAAGCCCAGAAUUAGCUGGUUAUCAAACGGCGUCCCGAUAGAAAUUGCCCCGGAUGACCCCAGCAGAAAAAUAGACGGUGACACCAUUAUUUUUUCAAACGUUCAGGAGAGGUCAAGUUCCGUGUAUCAGUGCAAUGCCUCUAACGAAUAUGGAUAUUUACUGGCAAACGCAUUUGUAAACGUGCUGGCUGAGCCUCCACGAAUCCUUACGUCUGCAAACACACUGUAUCAGGUCAUCGCAGACAGGCCUGCCUUCCUAGACUGUGCCUUCUUUGGGUCUCCUCUACCGAGCAUUGAGUGGUUUAAAGGCGCUAAAGGGAGUGCACUUCGUGAAGAUAUUUAUAUUUUACAUGAAAAUGGAACUUUGGAAAUUCCUGUGGCCCAGAAGGACAGUACGGGAACUUACACAUGUGUUGCCAGGAAUAAGUUAGGAAUGGCGAAGAAUGAGGUUCACUUAGAAAUCAAAGAUCCAACAAGGAUCAUUAAACAGCCCGAAUAUGCAGUUGUGCAAAGAGGGAGCACGGUGUCCUUUGAAUGCAAAGUGAAACAUGACCAUACCUUAAUCCUCACUGUCACGUGGCUGAAGGACCACAGUGAGCUGCCCAGUGAUGGAAGGUUCACAGUUGACAAGGACCAUUUGGUGGUAGCUGAUGUCAAUGACGAUGAUGGCGGGACCUACACGUGUGUGGCCAACACAACCCUGGACAACGUUUCUGCCAGCGCUGUGCUUAGUGUCGUCGCUCCUACUCCAACUCCAGCUCCCAUUUACGAUGUCCCAAAUCCUCCCUUUGAUUUAGAAUUGACAGAUCAACUCGACAGGAGUGUUCAGCUGUCAUGGACCCCAGGCGAUGACAACAAUAGCCCUAUUACAAAAUUCAUCAUUGAAUAUGAAGAUGUGAUGCACGAGGCAGGGCUGUGGCACCACCAGACCGAAGUUCCUGGAACCCAGACUACAGCCCAGCUGAAGCUGUCGCCCUAUGUGAACUAUGCCUUCCGAGUGAUGGCCGUGAACAGCCUGGGGAGGAGCUUGCCCAGCGAGGCCUCCGAGCAGUAUUUGACGAAAGCCGCAGAACCAGAUAAAAAUCCCACGGCUGUAGAAGGGCUGGGAUCGGAGCCGGAUAAUUUGGUGAUUACGUGGAAGCCCUUGAGUGGUUUUGAAUCUAACGGGCCAGGCCUUCAGUAUAAAGUCAGCUGGCGCCAGAAAGAUGGUGAUGACGAAUGGACAUCUGUGGUGGUAGCAAAUGUUUCCAAAUACAUUGUCUCGGGCACACCGACCUUUGUUCCAUACCUGGUCAAGGUUCAGGCCCUGAACGACGUGGGCUUUGCUCCAGAGCCAGCCGUAGUCAUGGGACAUUCUGGAGAAGACCUCCCAAUGGUGGCUCCAGGGAACGUGCGUGUCAGUGUGGUGAACAGCACCUUGGCCGAGGUGCACUGGGACCCAGUACCUCUGAAGAGUAUCCGAGGACACCUGCAAGGCUACCGGAUUUACUACUGGAAGGCACAGAGUUCCUCGAAUAGAAACAGACGUCAUAUUGAGAAAAAGAUCCUCACUUUCCAGGGCAGCAAGACUCACGGCAUGUUGCCCGGGCUGGAGCCCUUUAGCCACUACACCCUGAACGUCCGAGUGGUCAAUGGGAAAGGGGAGGGCCCGGCCAGCCCCGACAGGGCCUUCCACACCCCGGAAGGAGUUCCCAGUGCUCCGUCCUCUUUGAAGAUUGUUAACCCAACACUAGACUCGCUCACUUUGGAAUGGGACCCGCCCAGCCACCCGAAUGGCAUUUUGACAGAGUACACCUUAAAAUAUCAGCCAAUUAACAGCACACAUGAAUUAGGUCCUCUGAUAGAUUUAAAAAUUCCUGCCAACAAGACCCGCUGGACGUUAAAAAAUUUAAAUUUCAGCACUCGGUAUAAGUUUUAUUUCUAUGCACAAACAGCAGCAGGAUCAGGAAGUCAAAUAACAGAGGAAGCAGUAACAACUGUGGAUGAAGCUGGUAUUCUUCCACCUGAUGUAGGUGCAGGCAAAGUUCAAGCAGUCAGUCCCAGGAUCAGCAAACUUACUACUGCAGCUGCUGAGAUCUCAGCCAACAUCAGUUGGGAAUAUGAGGGACCAGAGCAUGGGACCUUUUAUGUUGAAUAUGGUGUAGCUGGCAGCAAAGAAGAAUGGAGGAAAGAAAUUGUAAAUGGUUCUCGGAGCUUCUUUGGGUUAAAGGGGCUAAUGCCAGGAACAGCAUACAAAGUUCGAGUUGGUGCUGAGGGGGACUCUGGUUUUGUGAGUUCAGAGGAUGUGUUUGAGACAGGCCCAGCAAUGGCAAGCCGGCAGGUGGAUAUAGCAACUCAGGGCUGGUUCAUUGGUCUAAUGUGUGCUGUUGCUCUCCUGAUCUUAAUUUUGCUGAUCGUUUGCUUCAUCAGAAGAAACAAAGGUGGUAAAUAUCCAGUUAAAGAAAAGGAAGAUGCCCAUGCAGAUCCUGAAAUCCAGCCUAUGAAGGAAGAUGAUGGCACUUUUGGAGAAUACAGUGAUGCAGAAGACCACAAGCCUUUAAAAAAAGGCAGUCGAACCCCUUCGGACAGGACUGUGAAAAAAGAAGACAGCGAUGAUAGCCUGGUUGACUAUGGAGAAGGGGUGAAUGGCCAGUUCAAUGAGGACGGUUCCUUUAUUGGCCAGUACAGUGGUAAGAAAGAGAAGGAACCGGCUGAAGGAAAUGAGAGCUCAGAGGCACCAUCUCCUGUCAACGCCAUGAACUCCUUUGUUUAACGUGUGAGCUCUCUGCCAAUAUCCCACUUCUCUAGGACGUUCCUCUUGAGCCCCUGUUUGUCUGCCUUCUCAUCCUGUGAACACAGAGGCAGAAAGUACCUGGUCUGCUGUGUGUUCAUAGGAUGGGACCAGGUAGAGCGAGACCAUCACUCAGUUGGAUAAUGCGUUAAUGUGAACUGCAGUGCCUGGCGCAUACUUUUCCAUUCCGCAGAAAUAUUCUUGGUUUUCUGAGAUCAGAUGAAAAUAAUACAACGUCAGCAACAGCUCAUGUUCUUUUCUCUUCAGGAUACAGUGCAAGGGGAUGCAUGGAAAAUGCUACCCCUUUAAAGGACAUACCUGGGUGUCUUAUGCCAACCUGGAUGGAUACUUUGUUUAUACUCGCCUCGGCUGAACCCCUGAAUAUGAAUUCCGUUUUCAUUGUCAAGAGUGUUAAUUGUAGAAUUCUCUAGAACUUCAAUGUCUUUGUGGACAUUGUGGUGACAUUGGUGACUCUGUCUAGCUGUCGUUAGUCUUUGGGGGAGACUGUUAGGAACAGUAUGUACAGUAUAUACCUGCUAACUGAGUUCAUGAUGACAGUUGCAUUUGCUGAUGCUUACUGAGGCUCUGUUACCUGCUCUUUGCUUCUCUCACUCCAUAGCCUUCUUAAUCCUCCAGGUAUGACAGUGGUACAGCGUUCUGCUUUUUUACAUCACCUCUCUGCUCAGUGGUUUUGAGGCAUAAACAACGCGUAUUGCCAUGCACUUUUGGCAUUUGUGCUGGACUGAGAGAACCCCAAACGAAUCACUCCAAUUAAAUUUCAAAGAUAGUUGCAGAAAGCACAGGGCAAGACAUGUGCAGUGCCUUCGACGAUCUGCAUUCCACGACGUACUUCCUUCUGUAUCCUUAGGUACAGUCGACUCGGAGUCCUGGUGAUUGUCAUUGUCGGAAAAAAAGCAUUGUUUAAAAAGUAGAGCGAAUGAAAACUGCAAUGCUGAAAAAAGGAACUGUGAAACUAAAAUUAAGAAGACAGUUUAUUUUAAGGAGCAUUUCUGCCAUACAUACAAAAACAAAAGCUUUAUCACCAAUUGGAGCUUGUGAUGAUUCUAUGGUCUUUUAUGGUUCCUAUUAAAAUAAGUCAUAUUCGGUAAGAAGGAUGGCAACUGGGUAGAAAGUUUUAAAAACAAACAAGUUAAAAAAAAAAAACAAGUUAUUGCAAAACUAGAAGUAGACAACAGCACACCAACAGGAAUAUAUUUUUCUCUUAAGUCUUUACCUACGUGGCAGCUUUUGAAAUUCUCGGCAGCAUUAAACAGUGUGUAUGCAAAUUGCUAUGGAUGCCUUUCAGGGUCUAAGAAAUUGGACAAGUGCUAACGAGGCCAACAGUAAAAGGAAUUACAUCUGCCAUUUGAAAAAUAAGCAUAUGUAUUCUACCAUAUUCACGAAUAAUAUCUAUCAAAUGGUUUUCUUCCAAUUAUGAAAUUCUACGACAACCUAUGGUUGAAGGAAUGCUCGGUUUCAUUUGCCAAUAAAUUGGUUUCUCAUAACUUGCAUCAAGUUUAAUUUUAAGUAAAGCUUUUUAUAUGUAGAUAUUUUGUUGAAUUUGUAAAUACACUGAAAGUGUAGAUGCGAUAUGCUUAUAGGUGUUACAUACAAAUAAACAUGCCAACAAUGUUUAUGUUGUACUGUAUAAGACUUUAGCUAAUUAAUACAGUGCAGGGAGUUGGAAAGUGUUGACUUAAUUGCCUUUAGGGUUUUUAUUUUCCCUUUUUUGCUGUGAAACUGAAAGUGUGAACUAUUUUCCAUAUUGACAACAGGUUUCUAAGAGGAACUCUUCAGAGCUUUGCCUAAGCACAGUUUGAAGGAAUCGCAGGUACAGAUGGCCCUAAGUAGUUUCCAAUCUCCAUAUUCACUUUUCUUAAAUCAACCUUCCUAAAUGGAAAUCCAAAAAGACACCACAGGCUUGCCUUGGCAUCAGAGAGCACAAAGAUAAAAGUUCUUGGGGGGAGCAAUAAAAGUACAGUUGUUCCUUUUUCCUAAGUAGAUGCUAAAUUUAUCUGUGCACGAAGGGGUCGCUUCUGUAAUCGGGCAGCAGAGUUUGUAUUAAAAAUUAAAUGUGGUUUUAAAAGUCCCUCUCUCUUUUCUAACAUGUCAUGUUCCUGGUGGAGUGUGAGUGUCAAGUAAUGGCACAUGUAAGGGUACAGGCAGAUGUGACUGGAUUUCUGUCAGAAAAUAACGAUUAAAUACUCUUAAUCGC